GACAUUAACACAAAAGCAUUAUUUAUACAUCGUUCACGUUCACGUUCUGAUCUCUAUAAUAAUCUCUAACGUUCGCAUAACAGAGAAAAAACGUUUUUAAAAUAUUGAAAUAUUGAAAUAACGUUUUCAUAACUUAGCAAAACUUUCUAGAACAUUAUCUUUGUGAGCUGUGGGAACGCAUACAACGGCAUGUUUAAUUAGCUACAUAAGAUAUUGAUAAUGUGUCUUAAAAGUUUUAGCUUGUUUACACUGCUUAAAAUAGGCUAUACUAAUAUAUCAAGUAAAAAAAACAUAAUUAGACAUACAUAAGAAUGAACACAUAAACUAAACGCUUGUGUUUCUGCUCGAAAAAAACGCGAAAACAUCAGAAAUGAAAACAAUGAAAAUAUCAACUGAUUUUAUUCGAUUCUACAUACUUUCAAUUCGGAACUGUUUUCGAACCAAAGCCAGGUCUAACUCAAACUUGUCACAGUGAAGAGCUGAAACUCUGCUGUCAAUCACGGUCACGAGUGUCGUCACGUCUGACGGAUUAUAACCGCCGGUGAUCUCCGGUGUCUCUAUAGUAACUGAUGGACGCGCAGAGCGCGCUACCGGACCGUUACCUGCUGCGCGCCUCGUGAUUCUCCAUCUCCAUCAUGUCAGAUCAGCCCUCAUCUCCUCCAGCCGGACAGAAACCCGCCCUCCGGGCCCCUGGAUCCUCUCAGAGCCGCUUCCAGGUGGACCCGGUGGCGGAGGCAGCAGCGGCGGCGGCUGCGGCGGCAGCGGGUGUCGCUCCCCCGGGAUCGCGCUCCUCCACCGGCGAGGAGUCCAAGGGCAGGUUCCGGGUGGUGAACUUCCUAAGCCCGUCUGACGCCGCACCUGACGCGGGUGUGAACGGAGACACGGUGAGAAGCGAGGCGAGUCUGCAUUCAUCCACCGGAGGUCUCAGUCAUUUCUCGGACACGCACUCCAGCACUUAUUACCUGCGGACUUUCGGUCACAACACCAUCGACGCGGUGCCGAACAUCGACUUCUACCGGCAGACAGAAGCUCCGCUCGGGGAGAAGCUCCUGCGGCCGUCGCUGUCGGAACUACACGAUGAGCUCGACAAGGAGCCGUUUGAGGAGGGAUUUCCCAUUGGAGGAGAGGAGCUGACGUCCGCUGAGAUCAUCACACUGAAGGAAGCGUCCGAUUCCAAGGGCGGCACAGUGAAGUUUGGAUGGGUCAAAGGGGUCCUGAUACGAUGCAUGCUGAACAUCUGGGGAGUGAUGCUGUUCAUCAGGAUGUCGUGGAUUGUGGGUCAAGCUGGCAUUGCUCUGUCCUGCGCCAUCGUUCUCAUGGCGAUUGUGGUGACGACCAUCACUGGACUGUCAACAUCAGCGAUCGCCACCAACGGCUUUGUGCGCGGAGGCGGGGCGUAUUACCUAAUCUCCAGGAGUUUGGGUCCAGAGUUCGGAGGAUCCAUUGGUCUGAUUUUUGCCUUUGCCAAUGCCGUCGCUGUGGCCAUGUAUGUCGUGGGAUUCGCAGAAACUGUCGUUGAACUUCUGGAUAGCAUAGAUGCUCUGAUGACCGAUGAGAUGAAUGACAUCAGGAUCGUGGGAACGCUCACGGUCAUCUUACUGCUGGGAAUCUCCAUCGCUGGAAUGGAGUGGGAGGCGAAGGCCCAGAUCGUGUUGUUGGUGAUUCUUGUGGCGGCAAUUUGCAACUACUUCAUUGGAUCCUUCAUCCCUGUGGAGUCAAAGGAACCCAAAGGUUUCUUUGGUUAUAAUGCUGCUAUAAUGAUGGAGAACAUGGGUCCAGACUUUAGAGAUGAUGAAACCUUCUUCUCAGUCUUUGCCAUCUUCUUCCCGGCCGCCACAGGAAUCCUGGCAGGGGCCAAUAUAUCCGGAGACCUGGCGGAUCCGCAAUCAGCGAUUCCCAAAGGAACUCUUCUGGCGAUCCUCAUCACCGGAGUGGUUUACAUCGCCGUCGCCGUCUCAAACGGCUCUUGUAUCGUGCGAGACGCCACAGGUGAUGAUAACGACACCAUCGCCGGCUCACUGGAGAACUGUACGGACGCGUCCUGCACGCUCGGAUACGACUUCUCCAUCUGCAGAGAGGGCGGCUGCAAGUACGGACUUCAGAAUGACUUCCAGGUCAUGAGUUUGGUGUCUGGCUUCGGGCCGCUCAUUACGGCUGGAAUCUUCUCUGCCACCCUCUCGUCAGCGCUGGCGUCUCUGGUCAGCGCUCCCAAAGUCUUCCAGGCGUUGUGUAAGGAUCGAAUCUACCCCGGAUUACACGUGUUUGCCAAAGGAUACGGAAAGAACAAAGAGCCUCUGCGCGCUUACGUCCUCACCUUCCUCAUCGGCCUGGCCUUCAUCCUGAUCGCGGAGUUAAACAUCAUCGCUCCCAUCAUUUCCAACUUCUUCUUGGCCUCUUACGCGUUGAUAAAUUUCUCUGUUUUCCACGCGUCGCUGGCGAACUCUCCAGGGUGGCGUCCGAGUUUCAAAUACUAUAAUAAGUGGGUGUCUCUGGCCGGAGCCGUGCUGUGCUGCGUCGUGAUGUUCGUGAUCAACUGGUGGGCCGCGCUGGUCACCAACGGCAUCGUCCUGGCGCUCUACAUAUACGUCAGCUAUAAGAAACCAGAUGUGAACUGGGGUUCGUCGACACAAGCGCUGAUGUACAAUAAAGCCCUGACACACAGCCUGCAUCUCACGGGAGUCGAGGAUCACAUCAAGAACUUCAGGCCUCAGUGUCUCAUAAUGUCUGGAUUUCCAAACUCACGCCCUGCGCUGAUGUAUCUUGUGCAUGCCUUCACCAAAAGCGUGGGCUUGAUGGUCUGCGGCCAUGUGCGCACGGGAUACCGACGGCCGAACUAUAAGGAGAUGAUGAACGAGCAGGUCCGCUAUCAGCGCUGGCUCCUGAAGGCGCGAAUCAAAGCCUUCUACGCUCCUGUGUAUGCUGAUGAUCUCAGACAAGGAGCGCAGUAUCUCCUACAGACCGCUGGUUUGGGUCGCCUGAAACCAAACACACUAGUAUUCGGCUUUAAGAACAACUGGAGGGACGGCGAGAUGAAGGACGUGGAAACCUACAUCAACACCAUCCACGAUGCGUUUGACCUGCAGUAUGGGGUGGUUCUCCUGAGACUGAAGGAAGGUCUCGACAUCUCUCACAUACAAGAUGAAUUUCUGUCCUCGCAGGAGAAAACACCUGGAAUGAAGGAUCUCUUGGUGUCCAUCAACAUCAAAGACUUUGACAGCGAUUCCUCGAAACCAUCAUCUAUAGCAACCAGCUGUCAAAGCAGCCCGCUUAUCUUCAGAGACACUAAGAAGCUUCCGCUGCCGCUCAGUCCUGCAGACGAGAAACUUCUGGCCGCCAGUCAGCAGUUCCAGAAGAAGCAGAGCAAAGGGACGAUUGAUGUCUGGUGGCUGUUUGACGAUGGAGGCUUGACUCUUCUGAUACCGUAUUUGCUCACCAACAAAAAGAAAUGGCGCGACUGCAAGAUCCGUGUGUUCAUCGGAGGAAAGAUAAACCGGAUCGACCACGACCGCAGAGCAAUGGCGGCAUUGCUCAGUAAGUUCAGGAUUGAUUUCUCUGACAUCACCGUUCUUGGAGACAUCAACAUCAAGCCAAAGAAACACAAUAAGCAGGUGUUUCAGGAGAUGAUUGAGCCGUACAGACUGAGGGAAGACGACAUGGAGCAGGACGCUGCUGAGAAACUGAAGGCUGAAGAGCCCUGGAGGAUCACAGAUAAUGAGCUGGAGCUCUACAGGGCCAAGUCGAAUCGCCAAAUCAGACUGAACGAGCUUCUGAAGGAACACUCCAGCACUGCCAACCUCAUCGUCAUAACCAUGCCACUGGCCAGAAAGGGGACAGUGUCCAGCGCUCUUUACAUGUCCUGGCUGGACACGUUAUCUAAAGAUCUGCCGCCGAUACUUCUUGUCCGAGGAAACCAUCAGAGUGUUCUGACCUUCUACUCCUGAAGAGACACUGUUACAAUCAGUACAUUUGUAUAUUGGCCACAUUUGUUCACUGUUGCCAAAUCUACUUAUAUUUAAUUUAUUGAGUUGAACUAACCAUGCUACAGAAAUGUUCUAAUUUAUUUGUAGAUAUUUUUAAUGUAAUGACACUCGGCAGAUAAAAUGAUGCUUGAAAUGCAUUUGAUCUCCAUUUUUACAUUAACGCAUCAAAUUAAAAGCCCUUCAUUUUGCUUGAUCCAGAACAUUUUUCAAGCCUGAGAUGAAAUUCUAGUCAAACUCGCUCUGUAUCUUCAUAUCUUCAGACGCGCCGGUUCUCAGUCAACUCUAAAAACUAUUUGGCAUCUAAGAACUAACUGACACUUAAUAAUUCUCAUAAUCAUGGAAAAAGUCAUUACUUUAAAUGCAAAUGUCAAAACAUUCUUCUAAAAAGGAGGAAUAUUGAAAGAUGCUAUGCAUUAAAUAAAUGGCCUGAUUUUAACUAUA